AUGUUGGUGAUCAACCGCGCCCCGCUCUCGGGCUCUCGGGCGCUUGCGCAACUUGGAGGUGAACAGCCUCAAGAGAUUCGUUGGACUGGCAGCAAUGGCCUGGAUCCCAAAGAACUGCUGCUGGCCGCUGUCUACGCCCAGAAGCGUGGGAAGUUGUCGCGUUUUUCCAAGGCCUUGCUGUGGAAUAGCCAGGAGCUGGCAUACCUGGUGGCGGACUACCGAAAGCCACUGGUAUGUCAUCUCGGAGGUGUUGCCCAAGAUGCUGGCGCAGCGCUGGUGUGCCUCGCCUCCUUCUCGGGCGCCUACGAGGACUCGGAGAUUUGCGUCAGAGCUUGUCGCCAUGGACUUGUACCAAUGGGAGGCAUGACAUAUCUGUUGGCCUCGUUACCGUGGCACCUCGGUGAGUUCCUGGCCUUGACCGGCUGGACCUUGCGGGGCUACGAGUUGGUGGCCCUGGAUCUGGUGGAGCACUGGCUGUCACCGGAGGCGCUGCCCUUUUUGGAGCUGACCUCGGAGAAGCAGCUGGAGGUUUCUGAAGCAGAUGCCAAGCUCCUGUUGCAUGAGCAUUCACUGCCUUUGCCACAGGAGGGCGAUCUCUUCCAAAUUUCAAAUGCGGAGGGAGAAGGCUUCAAGAGGAGAUACAUUCCGCUCAUCAACAAGAUCUUCCGGCACAAGAGUCCGCUCUUAAUUCGGGAGGCGCUGAAACUCGAACAGAAGAGUGCGCAGAGCGCGAGCGACUACAAAUUCUUGGAGGAGUGCCUGGAAGGAAUGGAUCAGGCCAGUACCAAAGCUUCAUGGAUAACGCUUGAGCUCAUUGACAACGCGCGAAAGCGCCGCAACGAUAUCAAGAACAAGAACGACCCUAAAAGGCCCGAAGCGGACGAGAGGCGAAUUCGCGAAGGGUGUCUUCCGGAAAGUUUGAGGAAAGAACUUUGGGCCCAGCAGUGCUUACUUCAGGGCAAGAAGGAUCUCCCGGAGAUAAUCCAACGGCUACAUGCGGCAUGUACUCAUCAGGAGAUGCCGAGGCAGGAUGCUGGUGAUGUCCCUCUGGCACAAGACAUCCAGGAGGCCACAAACUUUCCGAAGGACUUCGUGUUCGCGGUGCCGGAGGACAGAUCUGAGAUUUCCUUGUCGCAGCAUCCGCGGUUGAGGAGAUAUCAUCCCGACUACGACCCAGUCACAGGUUUGGAUCAUGAUCCUGACUGGAUGAGACAGGAAGCUGAGCGUUGGGACCCAGAACUCUUCGCGGAUGAGCGCCGUGAAGCUGUGGAGGAGCUGCUGGGCGACCGCGAUCCAUCUGCCUUUGGUCUCAGUCGUUGGGUUCGUGUUGAUAGGGACCAUGCCCACUGA